GCGAGUCAAACGCCACCUCCAUCCUAACGCGCAGCAUGCUUCCUUCCACGUUUUCUUUUGCAGAUGGGGUUCAGCUGAACGAAGCCCCGCUCUUCUUCCUCAUCGUUACCGUAAGCGUGCGGAAGUCGGGCUGGAGCUGCUUGCGGACGGUACGGCCCCUCUAAGAAGCUGCACGUUACCUUCUCUCUGCGGUUCGAUCUGAUUUGAAGUCCCUUCCCUGUUGACAACUGUGCUGAAUUGAGAGUACUGGGAAUGUCAGGCAUUCGUGUUAUCAAAGAAGCUGCUGAAACUGUUGGUGUCCCGAAACUUGCUUACUUCUGAUCUGUCAGGAUCACUGCCCUGAGAAGCUCCCAGGACCUGCUAGCAGUGCGUGGAGGAGCAGCUGUCCUAAGCAACAGAAACAGUUUCAGUUUUGCAUGCUGAGGUAUGAGGAGAAAAGGACUUGAACUCCAGCCCCCAGAGUAUGUUGCGAGACUUGUUUAUAUUCCAGUCUUUCUGGAAGAAGAUCUGAAGGAAAAGGGAAAACAUGGGCUGAGAAGGAGCCAUGUUGGCCCUGCAGAGCGUGGGAGGAGCCUGCAUGGACUCAGACCUCCCAUUCCGUUUGUGUUUUGUUCUAUUGGGUACGCAUUGACACCUAGAAUGCGUAAUAUAUAAAUGGGAGUCCAUCUGAAGGCUGGCUAAAGCCUUAGGUAUUAAAUCCAGGAGAGUAUAGCGGAGCUGGGGAAAUCAUUUUACAGCCUAAUUGUGAUAGGACAAGGGGGAAUGGCUUUAAACUAAAAGGAGAAAUUUAGAUUAGAUAUUAGGAAGAAAUUAUUUAUUCAGAUAGUGAUGAGGCUCUGGAACAGGCUGUCCGGAGACACUGUGGAUGCCUCAUUCCUGGGUGUGUUCGUUAAGCCUGGAUGAGGCCCUAGACAGCCUGAUUGGUGGGUUGGAUCAUGGCAGAGGGGUUGGAACUGGAUCAUCUUUAAGGUCCCUUUCAGCCCUGGGCCAUUCUAUGAUCUUCUCAUCAAGACUGUGCUACCUAAUGCGUCUUCUUAUUUUUUAUUAUUGUUUUACUUUUAGAUGCAGUUAGAACUGGAUUUAUAGUGUUUGCUCUGAUUAAAGCUUUGGGAGUUGAGAAAGCAGAACUAUUUCUGCUCAGCUUAUAUGUGCUUUGGACUUUGCAUAGGUUAUAGAUUAGCUUUUGACAGACCUCAGAGGUUUUUUGUGCUGCACUGGAGCUCCACUGCUGCUGGGCAUGAGGAUAAGUUCUUGUCAGCAUUCAAAUGCCCAGGAAGAACUUAAAAAUAAUAAAGAGAAGUUUUGGGAGAAGGCCUGUGGAGGGGCAGGACAGGCAAAGUGUAUGAAAAUCUGUUUCCAGCUUAUGUGUAUUUUUUUGCAGAAACUGGGCUUAUCCUGACAGCCCUUAUCUAGGGGCAUAAUCAUAGGCAAAGAAGCUGAGACAAUGGACUUGAUCUUAUUCUUGUUUGUGACUAUCGGCAAGGUUUUGAAAAUAUAUGAUACUUGGAAAGUAUCAAUAAGAUGAGAAUCCAGGAGUUACUGUUUCUCUUCUUCCCCUCCAAAGCCACUGGUUGGAUUUGGAUCUCCCCAGGGCUGCCUUGUAGCCCCAAAUUAGCAAUGUUCAACUGUGCUGCAGAAGAUACGUUACCUGUUGGAAUGAGCCCUAAGCCAUUUCAGAACAUUACAGAAUAUUGUUUUCUUUCUUGGAUGGGAAAAAUAAUUUGAAAACAGCAAACCAACUGGCUCUUUGAUGCUUUCAGUUUUGAUUACAUCUACACCGUGCUACAGAGCAUGGCUCCAUGUUGACCUGUGUCAACCUGAGUCAAAAUAUUAGCUCAGAUGGGAAGGGUCACCUACCAACCCCACUGUAGUCUCAAGCUGGAGGUAAUAUUUUCUGCCUCUCAGCAGGGCUAAUUAGCUUGUCAUGGAACCAUUGCACCAGAUGCUGUUACUAUUUAAGGGCACGUUCAGUGGUAGCUGAUGCCUGUGUUCUGCUGUGUUUCGCACAUCAGGGUUUUCUGGCAGGAUACUCUGGCUCAUGCUUUGCACUGCUGUUUUUUCAUCUCUAGAGCAGGUAUUUGGUCUCAGUGGCAGUGAAUUCAACAUAGUUAGACCCCGAAGCAAUAUGUCUGUGAACCAGUGUGCAUCACUAAUUGCUUGGUACCCCUGAGCACAGGAUCACAGCAGCCUGAGAGGCAUAUUCUUUUUGAGUAGGUCUAAAGAAAAGACCUCACACAUGUACAAGACUGAGGUCAGUUAUUAUGUGUGUCUUGCUUUCCAACUAACAAUCCAAAGAGUGAAAGCAACCUCUUUUUUUCUCUGCCCUGUUCCUUUUCAUUGUUUCUGUUCCUAUGCCUGCUGCAGGGCACCUAAAAACACUGCUGAGUGCCCAGGCAGAUGGAAGAGGAGUAGACAAGGGCUGAUGUCACUGAACAGACUGUGGAGAAACAGGAGGGAGGAGCAGGAGCCUGGGCCUUAGCGAUAAGGCCAAGAGUAAAUCAGGUCGUGUAUGCCUUUGGAAGUUUCUGCUGAAUUUUCCCUGUUUAUAGCAUAACUUAUGGCUUGUGUCUCUUGCAUGUGAGAGAAAGAGAGGCUACAACCUCAUGUUUUACAGGUGUUGUCUGAAAUGAACAAGGGCUUGGGUUUGGCUGGAUCAUGCCACCAUACCUGCUUUCCUGUAUUUGAAGGUGCUGGUGGGGAUGAAUUGAGUGAGGCUGGAGAUGAUGGUUUGGGUGUGGUGUGGGUGCUGUGUUGUCUGCUGUGUCCAUAAACUAUGCCCUUCCCUGGGCCUACCUGGAAGGAGGGACUGCCUGAGACUUCUGGAAGGAAGCCAACCUCUCUCUCUUCCACCAGCUGUCCCACAUAAGUCAAUGAAGAUUGCUGGGUCAGAAUACAAUAGAUGUUUUGACUGGACCUGAAUUCCUUAUCGACACAUUUUAGCUGAAGGAUAUUCUUGCUUGGGAAAGGCGCUUGGCAUAUCUUCUGCUGCUGUUGGAAAAUAGCAAGCUUUACUGGAAGCUCCGAAACCCAUUCUUUCUCUGGGAGAUGACCAUCUCUUCCCAAAGUAAUUGGGAUGCUGUGGAAGUAAAUGGUCUACCAGUCAUGAAACGAAUUCUUCUGUUUUUCAUCCUGGCUGCUGCUGUUAUGUACGGUAUAUUGCAUGGAAAUCUGUGGAGAAAUAACUUCUACUGGAUUAGCUUUUAUGGACAGACUUCUUCUGUGAGGGGUCCUUCUUCCAGUGAGGCUAGUGGAGUUACCCAGUUGCCACCUACGGCUGUGGAGAGAAGGAACGCCCUAAACACUUGCACUCUGAAACCAGCAUUUGAAUCUUUACUGGAUGUUGAGAAAAUAUACCCGUUCCUGUGUGCCAGUGAUUUUAUCAGAGUGGCAGAGUACCAUGGAAGUGAUAAGUUCGAGCUACCUUAUGGAAUAAAGAGAGCAGAACAAUUUUUUCGUUCAGCCCUUUCAAAACUGCAAAAUUGUGGACUGUCCAACAAAGACGACACUGUUGCCUGCCGACGGUGUGUUGUGGUCGGUAAUGGAGGAGUACUUCGAAAUAAGACGUUAGGGGGGAAAAUUGACUCCUAUGAUGUGAUAAUAAGAAUGAAUAAUGGCCCUGUUAUAGGGUACGAAGAGGAUGUUGGGAGAAGGACGACUUUCCGCCUUUCCUACCCAGAAUCCAUCUUCUCAGAUCCAAUCCACUACGACCCUAACACUACUGUUGUUAUUAUCGUCUUCAAACCACGUGACUUAAAGUGGCUUUGGGAGAUUUUAGGUGGUCAGAAAAUAAGUGCUAAAGGCUUUUGGAAGAAACCAGCUCUGAACAUGAUAUAUAAAUCUAAUCAAAUCAGGAUUCUUGAUCCGAGCAUCACCAGAAAAACAGCUUAUGAUUGGCUUCAUUUCCCAACAAGAUUUCCCAAAAAAGAGAAACCCAAGCAUCCAACAACGGGGCUAAUUGCCAUUACACUAGCAUUUCACAUUUGUCAUGAAGUUCACCUGGCGGGCUUCAAAUAUGACUUCACUGACAGGAACAGUUCUUUGCACUACUAUGGCAACGAAACAAUGUCUCAGAUGAUGCAGAAUGAAUACCAUGACAUCAGUGCUGAGCAGAAAUUCUUGAAGAAGCUUAUAGACAAGAACUUUGUGGUCAACUUGACGUGAAAGCUGGAUGGAAAAUAUGAAGAACAGUCACUACUUUCAAGAUUUCAGAAUCUUUUUAUUUUUUGUAUGACAUUUUUAUUUUUUAAGUGCAACGUAACUGUUUACUGUUGAAAAACAGCAAGGAAACCUCAUAAGGCAGAAGCUUCUUCUAAGCCAGAGGAUAAUGGACUAUUCUAAGCAGAGCUAACUGAAUUUCUGUGAAGCUAUUUAAUGGGAAAAACACAAAACUUUCAGCUGAAAGUAUCAGGGAUGUAUAAAAAUGUGAUUCACAUUACUUAUUUAUCAGCAAGAACUUUUUUCCAAACGAUUACUUCUCUGGAAUACCUUCUUUUCUAACGUCCUCCAGAAGGAUUACACUGUUAAGGGACUGAGACAACUAUUUAAGUAGUGGAUGGAUGUCAAUGCUUGAAUCUUUCUUGUAAUACAAAAGUGGCUUUAAAAGCAAUGCCUUGAAGUCAUUACUAUGCGUUUGGGAGAAGGGGAAACAUGCGGAACAUACAGACUUUAGUCUGCUCUCCUCCUGAGCAGAGGACUCAUCCAUCCAUCUUCUGUGAAGAAGCCACAACCUGCACUGGUCAUCGACUCUGAACUGCUGUCUGUGUGUGCCAAAGGUGAAGACCCUUUGGUCUGUUUACUGGAGAUGUUGGCAUUGCCAGUGCUCGUGUUGUACUGGUUUAUGGAUAAAAACAUAUGACCUGUGCUGUGCUUCCAAUAAAUUUUACAGUUUUUGACUUCCCUUAGAACAGAGGGAGUUUGAAGACCAAAGCUUUGUCUUGAUUACUUGUGUCUCUUGCUUCCCCCAAAUGACAACAGGAACAUGAGCUCAGAUGGAGAUGUUCACAUUUGAGUUUUACCAUAGAGACACUGUUUUUUGGAUUUCCAGACCUCCAGGGUAGGAUCCAGUAUAUCCUUCUGUUCUCCUGCAAGAAUGACAAUAUAUUUUUCCAAAUGUAAUCCCCUUUUUCGCAUGCUGCAAAGCAUUUACAACUCUACAACUCUGAAAUGCAUCACUACAAACAAUAAACGUUCCUGUCUUUGGCAGCAGAAUGUGCCAGGGACUAUGUAAGAUUGCAACAGCUGAAUUAUUGUUCGGCUUCCGUUUACCUCUCUUGUUUUUACUUAUAGGUUUAAAUGAUGUGGCUGAGCUAAAUCAGUAGGCAUUUAUAUGGGAGUUUAAUUGAGACAUAUGUUGGGAAGGUUGUGUUUCCCGUAUUGGUUUGUUUCAGACAGCCCUACCAAAUAAGUUAUAUUUGCCUGGGAAUGCACUUGACAACUUUCAAAGAUGAAAGAACAAGUAAAACUCCAUUCUAGAUCUUUCACAGGAUGUAUUUAUGUAUCUUUUUAUAAUGUCAGGUUUUUUGAAAGACCUUAUAGUUACGUACUGAUCAUACCUGAAGAAAGCACAAAAAUCUGCUUCAAAAAAGGCUUCAAAGUUGAUAGAAAAACUCUGUUGCUUUUUAAUAAAAAGACACAGAGAUGUAGUACCUCUGGGACCAGUGCAGGCAAUUAAAAUAUGAUCUCAAGCCUCCAGCAGGUCAUGAGCACAGUGUUGUCUUUUUCAGGAGCUGCGCGUUACAGGAGUACUGACCACAGUUCCUUUGCUGCAGCAGUGUAGAGGAGUAAGCACUGAAGUGACCGAAGAGCCAUCAUAUCCUUUUCUUAUUUCUCUUGCAGAGCACAAUAGGUGAUUAAAAAAAGUCCUGAUAGCUUCCUUUUUAGCUCCUUAGCUCUGCCGCUUGGCAGCUGCUGAGUGCAUUGUGACUUUGGAGGCAAGCCACUGCCAAAGAAGAGAUGGCUUGUGCUACUGUGCACUUUUUUUUUUUACUUAGUGACUCCUGGCUUCUGUUUGGUUUCAAGCAAAUGGGACAUAUUUAAAGUAACUGCAGAUGUCAUAAAAAUGUGCAUCUCAGCAUGGUACAAGGAAGUGGCAGUUCAGCCACAAUGGUGCUUCUGCAUGGAGGGGCCUCUCGAACAGCUGUGUGCAGGUGGCAACAGGGAGAAGAGGGGCACGUGGGAGGCAUCAGGGCAGGUGCCUGUGCUGCAGAAGUGGAGGAAACCAGAAGUACUUGAAGGGAGCAUAUAAACAGGAAGGGGGAAUGACUGUUUGCAUGGGUUGAUAAUGAUAGGACAAGGGGGAAUGGUUUUAAACUCAGACAGAGGAGGUUUAGGUUAGAUAUUAGGAGGAAGUUUUUCACACACAGGGUGGUGACGCACUGGAACAGGUUGCCCAAGGAGGUUGUGGAUGCCCCAUCCCUGGAGGCAUUCAAGGCCAGGCCGGAUGUGGCUCUGGGCAGCCUGGUCUGGUGGUUGGUGACCCUGCACAUAGCAGGGGGGUGACUGUUGUGGUCUUUUUUAACCCAGGCCAUUCUAUGAUAAAGUGGCAGAAGUGGUCUUACUUAAAAAUCCGAGCAGAAAUAGGGGGAGUUCUGCACCAGAAAACAGCGAUGCUGCCUUUAGCUCUAUCAGCAUUUGUGUCUCAUGUUUCCCUCAGUCAUUUAAAAAGGUUUGUGCGUGACUGUGCAGCACCAGCCCUGCACUGAUUCACACCACUGACAGCAGCUCCACAAGGAAACAAAAGGCCAAGGCAGGGUGUUUCAUGCGGCUGGCAGUGCUGAACUUCCCUUGUGGGAGUCUCACUAUGCCUAGGGCAGAGGUGGGGGCUGCAUCCCCUUGGUGCCCACAGAUGAAAUAACUGUAAAAAAGGACCUCGUGGCAAACAGACGGUGUCCCCAAAUUCCUUUUUUACUUAAAGUAGUCUCCUUUAUUCUCAUUUUUAAUCACAUGGGCAUUAUGGUCUCUCUAAGCUUCUUUUCUGACAUCUGAUAUUGUGAAUGCUGCCUGCAGGCAUUUCUCCCUAUCAGCUGCUAUUUUUUUAUUUCUCCUCAGUGAGUCUUCCCGUGUUUAUGGCUUUCCCCUUCCCAUAAUUAGGCAGUACUCCUGUGCUCUCUCUCCUGGGGGAACACCGAGUCUGCAUGGGCUGAGGCCGCAGUCAUGGCAGGGUGACUCUCAGCGAAGUUCAGAGCCAGACCUGUUUGCUCGGGACUGAGGCAAGAUUUGAUAGUAUUCAUAAACAAUAGGCACUGUUUUUUUUUUCUUUUAACAAGCACAGCUUGCAGCCCAGCAGCUUUUAUCUUCAGCAAUUAGCAGUGAGCUAUCUGAUUCAUUGGUUUUCUCCCUUAAUGUUUUUUGGUAGGGUUCUGUGUAUACCGGCCCUGCUUUGUCAAUGUCACCCCACCUCACAUGGCCAUUUCUGCUAUUCUGCCUUGAGAACAGACAGCGCUUCUAUGUGGACUUCUUGAAGGCAGGAAUUAAUGUAUUUGCUUUGUCAAUAAUGUCUGCAGAUCGUGGUGCCUAUUAUAUCCGUGUCCACGUUUUCAAUGGCAGCGUGUAAUAUCAAGGGUUAGCCUCGGGGCUUUAAGAUUUUAUUAUAAAAAAAGGAGAGGGCAAUAAUGCAUACCUCAAAUACUUCUUGUUUUUUGCCUUUCCUGGAGGCAAGGUUUCUGCACUGAAAUUUUCCUUUGAAAGCUGCCCGUUGUGUUGAUCAGUGGAGAAGGUGUCAAAUUGUGAAUCCCAAGGUGCUCAAGCCCUGUUUUCAUGUCUGUAGCAGUGUGACUCCACAGGUACCAAGUAGCCCGUGAAGUUUCUUUCUGUAUCUAUUGCAAAGUCAGACUGUUUCACCACUGCUUCCUCUCUUCCUCUUCCCCAGCAGUGGGCUGAAGCUCACAGCAGCAACAUCUUGCAGCAAAGGUGCUCCCGUGUUUUAUCUGCUAAGCCUACAAAGUGCUGCACCGUUAGAAAGACCUCACUCUAAAGUUCCAAAGUGCACGCAAGCAGUAACCUGGAUAACAUCCAUCAGCCCAAGUUCUACUUGGCCCAGACCCUUAGAGUGCCUGUUUAAUUACCGUAAUCAUUAAAGGAAAUUCUGAGAUACAAGAUAAGGAAGGUCGCAAGUUAUUGCACUGAAUAUGAACUGGACAGUGCCUGACAGAUUCAGCUAAAUCACAUUUCUCACGGCUGCGUGUUGAGAAUAAUGCAAAUCCCAGCUUUGGUGUUUACUGAUCAGUAUGUGGUACUUCUUGUUUCCUGCGCCGGGAUUCCUUUCUUUAGCAGUGCCCUGGCAGGUAAUAAAGUACUGUCACUUUUAAGUGGUGCCUGAUCUUAAGACAAUGCAAAGCUCAACGUCUGUUUCUGAUAUAGAUUAUAGUACUUCAUAAUUUUAUUUGCCAUUUGUCUGAAGUUCAUGUGCCUUUAAAGCGUCGACUGUGUGUUGAAGGCUUUCUUACAGAUGUUUCAAGUGAAAUUUUGAAUGCUACAGCUGGAAAGCGAUUAUUUUUCUGCGAAUAAAUGGUAUUAAAAAGUUA